AAUCCAAUCUGACGCUGCGAGAGAGUCUGAGACUCACAGCAUGAGCCAACAGACAGGUUGCGCUGAAGUGUCGGAGGAUAUAUACGUCGAUGUCGUCUUUCAUGCGUCCUCGCAGAAAAUGAAGCAGAGGGCGUGACUUUGAGGUUGAAUAUUGAAAAGUGACGUCGCCGGCCCUCAUGCAUCUCCAGCAUGAUGACAGAUGCGACCGCGAAUGACAAAUGGUCCUCAGACAGAUCCUGCGAUAUUUUGAGUUCAUGCGUGUUCAUCUAUGAAACAGCGAGGUAAAGUCGCCGGUGCGAGGCUUGCGCCCGCCGAGCUUGGUGGCGCUUGAUCCGACAUGUGCCGCCAUCGUCUCAGCUGGCAUCCCACCAGCCUCAUCCUCGCCUCUGUUCUUUUUCACUCCAUACUCCUCCUACCGGAAUGUCUUUUUCAAAAUAUACUGGCUCCUACACGUCAAAUUGGCAGCGUACAAUACCCAGUGGCACCACGCUUACCAUAGUUAUCGCGCAUGUCACCACUCUCGAGUUCGAGUACGAGGCGUCGGAUGGCUGAACCUGGUGGAUAAUUCGCGGAAGACGAUGGAGGAUGAGGUAGGAGAUAUGGUGUGGGGAGGUUUAUAGAAAUAUUUAAUAGGCUUAACGUGCCGUGCAAGGUACGCCGACUAUCGUCUGCCGCUGCCUGUAUGCAGCUCAUCCGUACCACUGUGUUUUAGUAGUUCAGCAUAUACAUGACCCUGCAAGUCAGUCCGCAGCAUCAGUUCUACAGUUCCCAGAACCCAAUCAACUCGUGGAACAAGAUUGCGGCUAGUGCCGACGAGCAUCUGACCAGUUGCGUUGACUGCAUGCGGCACAUCAUUCGCGCUGCGCGGCUUGUGUCUCACCCAGGCUGACCUUGUUCUACGAUGGCCCAAAGCGUUAUCGAGAAUGUUGCCACCGGAGAGUUGGUCGACUAUGUCGUUGCGCAUGGGCGUAGUCAAUACAGCGGCGCUGGCGGCCCAUCUGCAUGCGGGCUCGCCGCGAUGAAUUGCGCGAGAGUUGUCCUUCUCAAGGAACGCGCGGGCCUCCGCGGAGACGCACUCCUAGAGGAGAUGAUGAAGGAGUCCACAGCUGAUGAGGUGCUGAGCGUCUGUGAACACUGGUCGAGUGCUUCGCACCUUGACGUCGAAGAUAUUACGAAGUCACCCAUGUUUAAUCGGUCCUUAAACCUUCUAGUGGUAGAUUAUGGCCAAAGCCGCUACAGUGGCUUCGGGAGGCUGCUAGAGCGCCUCAAGAACGAGAGUAUCAGGCAGGGGGGAUCUUCCUGUGCGGUCAUCACUCGCCCGCCGGAGAUCAUUGCCUGCUUCUGCAUCUACCAUCCCAAGGGAGAGUUCUACGUCAUAUUCGAUUCUCAUCCACGUCCAGACGUUCAUCCAGAUAGUGCGGCGUUCAUAUUCAACAAGUCGGCCUAUGCCACAGCGAGGUACCUGUCGAACUUACUCAGUUACGAUUCCUCUCUCGUCGCGGACCGGGGCUUCGAAUGGCAGGCUCAGCUGCUAGGCAAUUUCUCGGGGCAUCUAUUCGUCGCGCGGACUGACUCAGCGCAAGAAGGGGCGGAAUACUGGACCAACGCAACCAUGGAAGCAAGUCUCGAGAGUCUCGCACUUCAUGCUGACCAGGCGCAGCUAAAGGCCGAGAACGAGUCGUUGAAAGCGGAUAUCGUGCGGUUACGAGAUCAGCUGACCAUGCUCCAGAGGCCCCAACGUGCACAAAGUGUCUGGUGGGAGGCGAAAAGGUCGUAUCCUGCAGCACAUCCUGGCGGCCCGCAGUCUGCGAAGCGAGAUAGUCUCAUCUCCUCGCUCGUUCAUCGGAGCAGCAGCGCCAUCACUGUCGCUCGAUCAUACGCUUCCUCUCUAUCUCUUUCGCCGUCCCAGCCACAGCCAAAAGACUACGACGCGGCCUUAGCCGUCGCUUGGACGCCCAGUCGCCAACAACCCCUCGUUAUCAAGCCCCCAUCCACGGACCCAGGCUGUUAUCCUAACGAGGACGGGAAAGCGCGCGAGUCGAACAGCCGGUAUGCCGACAAUAUGGACGACCUCGUAUUCGCGCUUGCGCAACAGCGAAUGUACGAUGAAGAGCUUCAUUCGGUGCAAAAUUUCACAUGCAACAUCUGCUUAGACAAGCACUCCGUUGAAGACGUUGCUCAAGUCGAUGGUUGCGGACAUAUGUUCUGUCGAGACUGCAUCCGAAGUCACAUCUCGUCCCAGAUCGCACAACAUCUGUAUCCCAUCGUCUGUCCCCUGUGUAGCGCGACAAAGAGCGAACGAGACCCUACAGUGCUCAGCAAUGAGUUUGUGCAGCAAACUGGGCUGUCUGAGGAGGAGUUCGCCACUUUUGUGGAGCUGGAGAUGGCAUCGUUCUCAAUUCUAAUGCAUUGUCGAGGCUGUGACAAGUCGUUCUUCGUGGUCAGAGACGAGCUCGACAGCGUUGCCGUCAUCACAUGUCCUCUCCCUGGAUGCGGAAAGUCCUGGUGCAAGGCAUGUAGUCAGAUCAUCGACAGCAUAGGCCAGACGCAUACUUGUGAUGGCACGGCGGAGUUCCAGCGGUUAAUGGGAACCCAAGGAUGGAAGUACUGUCCAGGUUGCCAAACGCCCGCAGAGAAGAUAGAAGGGUGUAAUCAUCUUAGGUGCACGUCUCCAGGCUGCUACACGCACUUCUGUUACGUGUGUGGCAUGGCUAUCAUCAGGUCCAUCAAGUCAGCGGAGAUUGAACGAGCGGUGGCUACGCACUACCAGGGUUGCCAACUGUUCGAAAUCAUACCUGAUGUUAGUGUCCCGCCGUAGCUCUUCAUAUAACUCUGCAACGCAAUGCAAGACCGGAGCACAAUAUAUAUUCAUUCCAUUGCAACUCAGCUUGCUACCUCGACAUUGACCUGGAAUGCGGAGAUUUUAUCAACAAUCGACCAAAGAGCUCAGUAAGUUUGCGCACAUACUCUGAUAGUUCGACCGAACGUUGGCGUCCGAGCAUUACACCAUAGGAUGACGCCCCAGCUAUCUAACGUUAAUCUUUCCAAUCCUCGAACCUCAGUCCCAUGAUAAUUCCUGGGGCCUUCGGCAUCUCCUUGAAUCCAACCCUGGCAUAGAACUUCUUCGCCUCCGCGUUUCUGGGGUCCAGCCCGAGGAAAACCGCGUCUAGCCCCUUCUCGUCCCUCAAGGACCGCACCACCUCACCGAUGAGCCUCUUUCCCCAUCCUUGGCGCUGGUAUGCGGGCAAGACAUUGAUGUGCAAGUGUGCCGGGCUGAACGCGAUGCAUAUAUCCGACUCGGCGCUAGUGCUGUGAACACGCGCGAUGUACCGCUCGUCGUCCGGCGUGAAGCUGCGCGGCGUGGCGUCGGACUGCAGCUUGUCAGUGGGGGGCGGAUACUUCGCUCGGUACGGCGGGAGCCACGUCUCCUGCAUGCCGCACUCAAAUGCGCGCGUGUCCCACGUACUCAGGCAGUACCCCACGAUCUCCCCCGUCCCGCCCUUGUUCGGGUCGACGAGCACGAAGCCGAGGCCCGUGGGGAGAUGCACGUACGGCCCCGCGAAUAUCAGCCCCGGAAGUUCUCUGCACGAGUGCAAACCCUCGGCGGACUUGCCGGCGUCCGCGGUAGCGAGGCAGAUGUAGGACAGCGCGGGAGCGUCAUCGCGCGUUGCGCGUCGGAUGUAUGGCGCAGUGGACUUUGGCGGAGACGAGUCAGCUACCAUGCUGGCGUUGCGGAGGACUUCGUGAAGGUCGUGCGCGAAUGCUUCACAUAAGUACCCGUGCACUAGUGCACAUAUGUAGGUUGGCACGUACAGUAUCGAUCAUUAUCGAUUAUCAGCUGACAUAGGCGGACGAGCACUGCGGGUAAACAUCGGAAAAAGUGCGAGCCCACUUGGAUCUACGAUGCAGGCCUGCUAAGCUUCUGUAGUUCACGCUCAGGGAUAACGCGAGGGUAUAAAUUAGGGCAACCAACGGGUGACGGUGCGGUAAGUCUAGUCUAAAUAUCAGGUACCCAAAGCGUCUUAAUUUGAGAUCUCAAAGUGGCUAGACCCAUACAUAUAUUCUGAAGCCAAAAUGUGAUUCAUACAAAAAGGCGAAACGAGACUUACCGUUACACAAGUGAGUAGUAACCCCAUGUUCAUUCAUCGUCACAGUCCAUAGUCAAGUGCGAGUCGAGCGACUCGGACUUCGAAGGCGGGGUCUGUGUCAGCUUGCGCAGAAUGGCAUUGACCUCCUGCCAGUCCGAGGUCUCCUGGUCCCACGCGACGCUCGUCCCGUCGUGUAUAUUCCGCAGGUUCGGAAACAGGCCGUGCAAGACCUGUGCCGCGACGGAGUGGUUGCUCACGGGUGUGCUCCGUGCGCCAAUGUUCAGUUUCCGCAGCGCCAGGCCCACGCUCCGGUCGUGCGCGCACGCCGCCUCGAGCACGGGCAUGUCAAAGCGUGUCGUAUCGAGGCUGAUUGAGAGCCCUGCGAGAUGCGGGCAGUGGUCGCGCAACGCGAGGAGGGCGCUCAUCGUCAUCCGCGCCGGCGCGAGCUGCACGCCACGGGGCGCCCACGAGCCCUGCACAAUCGUCAGCGAGCGCAGCUGUGGCCACGCUUCGGCCAUCGCGAUGACGCCGCUGUCUUCGAGGUCUGUCUCAAACCGCGCACCAUCGAGCGCAUUGAGGCUCAGGUUCUGCAGGUUGUUGAGGGAGAAGAGCAUCGAUAUCGUUCGGGUAUUGAUGCUGCUCUGUCCAUGUGGUACUGGCGAAAAUAUACUGGUCGACGCCGACGCAACACAGACAGUCAGCUCCCGGAUGCAUCGUUGUUGGGCGAUAGCUUUGAAACACUUCUCGACGACGGAGUCGCUCUGCCACAUAACGCUGGUGAUGCGGAGCUUGUGUAAAGAGGGUGAUCCGAGCAAAUUAAGGAAGCCCGUAGCAAGAUCGAGCUGUUUGACAUCUAGGAAGAGUGUCUCCAGUGUGUGAAACCGAGGAGCAGCCGUCAGACUCUCGGAUGGGAAUGUAUUUUCUGUUGGGCUCAUGAAAAAGGCGAGGGAUAGGUGCUUGAGCGUAGGCAUGGCUGCCAAAUGUGCAAUGUGUUGUUUCUCCAGAGUCAUGGAUGUAGUGAAAUGCUGCAAGUGCUGCAGCUUGCCGAGUAAGGUACCGACUCCGUUACAGGGAUCAUGGUUUGGGUGCUCUCGCGAGUCGCGGAUGGAGAUGUGAUGAAGAUUGGGUGACGUAGAUGCAAGCAAUGGCAUAACUCUUGAAAGCUCCAAAGUAUCUAUCGGCGUGGUGCCAUCUGGACCACCGUCGCAGAAGAGAUGAAGCUCUUGUAGUGCCCGUCCGGCAAGGUAGGGGAAACAUUCUGUGACGUAGACCUUCCUGCGGUCGUAGUACUCGACGUGCAGCGCACGGAGACCUAAACAGAGCGGCCCUGGAGAGCCACCGGGGCGCCUGCGAACAUAUCGUGCAAACGCAGCCAAAGCUGCCCACGAUACGCGAUAGAGGGCCCCCGAUUCCGUAUAACGUUGGUAACUGAACGUGAGCUUUUGAACCCGAUUUGAAUAUGUAUGGAUCCUUUGCCAGUGUGCUGGCUGUGGGGUGCCCACUAAUUGCUGAUAUGAACGCGUC